AUUGAAACUUUCAUCUUAUUCUGAUCAGAUUUUCAUCUUGGCAGCCUUCUGUGUCGUCUUUUUAAUUCCAAAAAUUGAUUUGGCGUACAACUUGUACCUUCUACAAUGGUCGAGGCUAGCUUGAACGGAAAUGCCUUAAGGAAGCAAGUAGGAAAGUUGUUUGAUGUUGCAAUUAGACAGACAGUUCCUUGGAAGAAAGAUAUCAAGCCUUUGGUUGCUACUUGCAAUCUUACUUUUGGUGAUUAUCAAUGCAAUAAUGCCAUGACCCUUUGGUCCCAAAUCAAUGGAACAAAUACUGAAUUUAGCUGCCCUUUGGAAAUUGCAGUGGCUAUCAGGGACAAUCUUCCUCAGUCUGAAAUGAUAGAGUCAAGCUCUGUGAGCUCUGUGGAGGUGAAAGUGAAAUUGAAGAAUAAAAAGCAUGAUGUUGCGGCAAAUGGAGCUUUAUCAUCAAAACCUUUGGUGAAUGGUAUUGUGAAUGUUGUUUUGUCCAGGACCUGGAUGGCUAAGGAAAUUCAAACGAUGCUAAUUGAUGGUAUUGACUCUUGGGCACCCAAGCUUUCUAUUAAAAGGGCUGUGGUUGACUUUUCCUCUCCCAAUAUUGCAAAAGAAAUGCAUGUUGGCCAUUUAAGGUCAACUAUUAUCGGUGACACACUAGCUCGCAUACUUGAAUUCUCAAAUAUCGAUGUUCUUCGUAGAAAUCAUGUUGGCGACUGGGGGACACAGUUUGGCAUGUUGAUCGAAUUCCUCUUUGAGAAGUUUCCAAAUUUUGAAGAUGUUAAUGAGAAAGCCAUCAGAGAUCUACAGGUGUUCUACAAAAACUCAAAAGAGAAGUUCGACACUGAUCCUGUAUUUAAGGAGAAAGCUAAGAGUGCUGUGGUUCGUCUUCAGGGUGGAGAGCCCAAAUACCGUCAAGCAUGGGCUCAUAUAUGUCAGAUCAGCAGGAAUGAAUUCAAUAAGGUCUACCAACUUCUCGGAGUUCAGCUUAAGGAAAAGGGAGAGAGUUUCUAUAAUACAUACAUCCCUAUGGUCAUUAAGACCUUAAGCUAUCAAGGUAUCAUUGAAAAGAAUGAGGGAGCUUCCGUAAUCUAUGCUGGAAAGAAAUGUCUUAUUGUUGUGAAGAGUGAUGGUGGUUACAACUAUGCUUCAACUGAUUUAGCUGCUCUGUGGUAUCGCCUUAAUGAAGAGCAGGCUGACUGGAUUGUAUAUGUUACUGAUGUUGGCCAGCAAGAACACUUUGAUAUGUUAUUCAAUGCUGCUAGAGCUGCAGGUUGGCUCCCGGCCGAUAAUGGUACCUAUCCUAAAGCUAGCCAUGUUGGAUUUGGCCUUGUUCUUGGAGAUGAUGGCAAGCGCUUCAGAACUCGGUCCACUGAAGUGGUUCGACUAAUUGAUUUGCUUGAUGAAGCCAAGACUCGUUGCAAAGCAGAACUUGUUAAGCGUGAUAAUGAGCAUACUGCUGAGUCAAUUGGUUAUGAAGUUGAGACCCUCACCAAAAGGUUGCUGCGUGAUUGUGGUGAUAGCAAAGAGUGGCCUGACGAGUUGCUUGAUAAUACUGCAAAAGAAAUUGGUUUUGAAGCCAAGACUCAUAGCCAAGCAGCACUACUUGACUGUGGUAGGGAUAAAGAAUGGACUGAAGAGGAGUUAGAGCUGACGGCUAAAGCAAUUGGCUACAAGACCAAGACCAGUAGCAAAGAAUUACUUGUCAACCAUGGUAUGGGCAAAGAGUGGACUGAGGAAGAGCUUGAGAGAUUUGCUGAGGCAAUUAAUUGUGAAGUCAAGGCUUGUAGCAAGAUAGUGCUUGCUGAGCAAGUUAAGAACAAAAAGUGGACUGAAGAGGAGCUCGAAAAAACUUCAGAGGCAAUUGGUUAUGGUGCUAUCAAGUAUGCUGAUUUGAAGAACCACAGACUGACCAAUUAUACAUUCAAUUACGAUCAAAUGCUUAAUGAUAAGGGCAACACUGCUGUCUAUUUGCUAUAUGCACAUGCUCGUAUCUUUUCAAUUAUUAAGAAAUCUGGUAAAGACAUUGAGCAACUAAAGAAAACGUGCUCAUUGGUGUUGGAUCAUCCUGAUGAGCGAGCAUUGGGGCUUCAUUUACUACAAUUUUCUGAGGCAAUUGAGGAGGCCUGCACCAAUCUCUUGCCACAUUUAUUGUGUGAAUAUCUGUAUAAUCUAUCAGAAUACUUCAAUAAAUUUUAUUCUAAAUGUCAGGUGAUUGGUUCAAAAGAAGAAUCGAGCAGACUCUUGCUAUGUGAAGCAACCGCAAUGGUUAUGAGAACUUGUUUUUACCUUCUUGGGAUUUUAUCAGUUAGUUUUCAGGCAGAAAAUGGUUCUGCUUCUGUCAAUCAGAAUUGCAGCUUCAACACUUACAGCCUUCUGUCCUCCCAGUCAAAUAAUUCUACAUUGAAUAUUGGACAGUUAAGGGUUAUAGAUCUUAAAUCUACAGUUAUAGUCAGUGUGUAUCCAGGCCCCACUUCUAUAUCUACUUUUGCAUCAUCAUGCUCUGUGAAUGCUGACAAUGGCAUCACACGACAAGUUCAAAAUUCAACCACCAGCUUCUCUGCUUCCAAAUAUAUACCUGGGCUUGUUCCUAAUAUUUAUGAUGUCCAGGGUUCCUAUGGUUCCAAGUUUGGUGAAGUUCUUGGUCAAGGACUGGUUAGGAAUCUAGGAUUUGUCGGUAAAGGGACUAGCAUUCCAUCCUGGUUUGCAGUGGAUGAGUUUGAAGCACCAAUGAGCAAUAAUUUGAGCCAUGGAAAAGUCUUUUUGGAGAACAAUGGCACUAAUGUGAAGCAGGGGCCUUAUAUGGAUUUCUCGGAUAAAGCAAGAGUUGGGAUCCCACUAUUGCAGCAACAUCCUUCACAUGAUCUCAUGAGUGUUUUUACUGAAUAGGUAACUUGGUUCCUGAUUGAAUCAAUUUUUUACCGAAUGUUGUUUUUUUCUUGGUCAAAUUUUAAAUUCGUCUGCUCAAUUUGAAGUGCUUACAGAUUAACAAUAUACUUGAUAUUCUUGAACUUAACAACAUGUUUUCUUUACAAAUUAUUCAUUGCAGACAUCUUUUCCAUAAUUCCAUUCCAUUUCUUUUUAAUGGCAUUCGAUCACAGGUUCAUUAUCUAAUAUACUAGUUUUUGGUUG